UGUCAUUUCAGGGCAGCUUCUGAAACGUAUCUUUUGUCAGCGGUUUCUUCCAAUUUAACUCUCUGAAAUGUGCUUUUUUUCUCUAAAACUCAACUAAAUAUAUAUGUGUAUAUAAUUAUUUACCAGCGGAGGAAAACCUCCGCCUUCUGUAACAUAAAAUCUUUUGUACUCGCUUAACGAGGUAAGCCCUACACCAACACUACUAACUAAGGACUCGACUUUAACUGACAUGGCGGAGCAGGGAAAGGGUUAAGUCUGUGCGGCUCUGACUUUGAGCACGUAUCACGUAUGCAGAAAUAAAAAUGAUGAUUAUUGUUCCUGUAUUAAAUAUGUACGGCUUCCCAUUUCUGCGCUGAGCGGGUGGGCGGGGCCUGCUCGUUGGAAGGGGGCGUGUCCGCACUUGUCGGAACUGGUGGCCCAUAAAGCGGAGCGGCGCGGCGCAGCACACCUGGUCCUCAUCGGGACCUGUCGGUCGUCGGAAGUUGCUUCGCGAGCUCCUUCGAGGUCGGCGUCUGUGCGCGACACCUCCGGCAUCAUGAGCGGUGGGACGCCCUAUAUCGGCAGUAGAAUAAGUUUAAUCUCGAAAGCGCAGAUCCGCUAUGAGGGCAUCUUGUACACGAUCGACACGGACAACGCCACCGUGGCUCUUGCAAAAGUGAGGUCGUUUGGGACCGAAGGGCGCCACGCCGAGCGGCCUGUGCCCCCCCGAGAUGAGAUCUACGAGUACAUCAUCUUCAGGGGAAGCGACAUCAAGGACAUCACGGUUUGUGAGCCCCCCAAGGUCCACCACAGCCUGUCCCAGGACCCUGCUAUCGUGCAGUCCUCCAUCAGCAGCAGUUCGGCGCCCUACAGCCCCUACCGGGCCAUGAUGCCCCCCUACGGCCAGCUGGCCGCCAGCACUCUGCUCAACCAGCAGUAUGCAGCAGCACUCCACCUCGGAGCAGGGCUUCAUGGGCUCCCGGCAAGACGGGCUCCCACAGUGGAGCAGGCCGUGCAGACCAUGCCACCAGAGAGUGUGCCGGCAAAGGGUCCACCCACCGUCCAACAGCAGGGCCGUGAAGUCCCGUGGCCACCCCAGCAACCCUCCUCCCAGAGGAGGCCCAGCAUAAUUCAGCAGGUGGACGCUGCUCGCAUCCAAGCACAGAACAGUGAGGACAACCGUAGACCACAGAGACGACGGCAAGGAACCCGGCGCUCCCGGAAUCGUGGGAGGGGUCAGAUUAUUGUUGGAAAUGCGAAGCCCAGCACUCUCCAGUUUGACUCAGACUUCGACUUUGAAAGUGCAAAUGCCCAGUUCAACAAGGAAGACCUCGAGAAGGAGUUGCAGGACAAACUGACUGUCAAAGAGUCCGAGGAGAAGAUGGACUCCGGGGUGGACACACAGAACAGUGAGGGAACUGUGGAGGAAGACCCCCUGGGACCCAAGUGCUACUACAACAAGUCCAAAUGCUUCUAUGACAACAUCUCAUCAGAGCUAAAGUCCAGGAGGACAACCUGGGCUGAAGAGAGGAAGCUGAACAUGGAGACUUUUGGCGUCCCCGGCAGGUUCCUCAGGGGUCGUGGGUUCCGCGGAGGUUUCCGAGGUCGCAGGGGACGGGGCAUCGCCCCACCUGCGCAAAAAGCAACCAGUGGCCGUCUGUGAAGGCGGGUGAGCAUCUCCCAUGUAGUCCCUUGGGAAUGCAUCUGGUGUUUGUGCAGAUCUGCCUGUGUGUGUGUGACAGAUGUAUGUGUUUGGAGUGGCUGUGACUACAGCUGGAAUAUUAUUAAAAGGUGAUGUUCCCUGGUCCCCAUAGACACUUUAGAGGCUUUAUUUUG